CUUUACAGAGCUAUCAGAAUUCGGAUCAACCCCCUAUUGUCCGUCUCUUUCCACAAAACCACUCUCUAAUUUCACCCUUCGUGAAACCAACCGUGAAUCUCACAGAAGCUUCCUUCUUCAGCUCAAAAAGCAUACGCCAUGAUUUGAAUCACCAGGAAUUAAUCGGACCACCUCAACCAGAAUGGCGUGGUUCAGUGGGAAAGUCUCUUUGGGGAACUUCCCCGAUCUCGCCGGGGCCGUGAAUAAGCUCCAGGAGAGCGUCAAGAACAUCGAGAAGAAUUUCGAUAGCGCCCUUGGGUUCGAAGAAAAAGAGAAGGCCGAAUCCGGUAAUGAAGCUUCAGGAUUAUGGCCUUCAUCUACUGAAAGGAAAUUGCUAUUUGAUCCUGUUAUUUCCUUUAUGGGACAAACAAAUGAGGGAAGUGGUGUUGAUUCAUCACAGAAAGCUGAGUCUUCAGAGCAUCCGCCAAAGGCUGACAAAUCAUCAGGGGAAUAUGAAUCUCCACAGAAACCAUCUACUGUUGAGGUAAAGGAAUGGGUCAAAACAGAAACUUUACAACACUCUUCAAUUGAACAGACGGCUGAUAAGGAGGAAACUGAAGUUGUCAAGGAAGAAACAGAUGAUAAGCAUGCUGCAACGGUGGAGGAAACAAAGACUGUGGUAGCAGAGCCUGAAAAAUCUGAAUCUGAAUCAUCUUCACUGCCAGUUGAGCCCUUUGAACCCACUGUUAAGAAUGAUGGCCCAUCAGAAUCUGUGGGUUCACAAGAUGACAACAAGAUUUCAGUAGUGGGACCCUCAGUAAAUCCAGAAACAUUGCAGGGUGAGUCAGGAGCUGUUGAAGUAGAUCAAGUUGAGGAGGGUCAUACUGUUCUUCCGCGUGAGGCACAUGAUGUUGAUGUGCAUGAGACUGUGGAUGAACAAAAGACACAAGUAGAGCAGAAUGAUGGACAUAUGACUCAGGCUGGAGAGAUUGUUGAAACAGUUGCUAUGGUUGAAGGUGAGACUCCAACUGAUAGCCAGCCUGGAGGUUUGACUGAGCCCUCCAGUUUACACUCUGUUACCACUGGGGAAAUUCAUAGUGGUAGAUCUUCUACCAAUCAACCACCAGGUGUAAAUCCUUCUGAUGAUGCUUCGGAUGCGGUUUCUGAAUCGGUUUCUAAAGAACAUAAUGCCAUUGUUGAGGAACCUGAAGUUGAGCAACAAGCUGAUGAUAAUGAAGCUGAUGUUAAACAGCAACAUCUGAGCUCAGGGGAAAAUGCGUCUGACUCUUCAGAUGUUAUGAUUGAAUUGGAGAAGGUGAAGAUGGAGAUGAAGAUGAUGGAAGCUGCAUUGCAAGGUGCUGCAAGACAGGCCCAGGCAAAAGCUGAUGAGAUUGCAAAGUUUAUGAACGAAAAUGAGCAAUUAAAAUCUGCGAUCGAGGAUUUGAAGAGAAAAUCCAAUGAUGCAGAAGUCGAGUCGCUGCGAGAGGAAUACCAUCAAAGGGUUGCAACACUUGAAAGGAAGGUGUAUGCUCUUACUAAGGAAAGGGACACGCUUCGGCGGGAGCAGAAUAAGAAAAGUGAUGCAGCUGCUCUUCUGAAGGAAAAGGAUGAAAUAAUUAAUCAAGUUAUGGCUGAAGGUGAAGAACUUUCAAAAAAGCAGGCUGCUCAAGAAGGGCAGAUUAGGAAAUUAAGGGCUCAGAUCAGAGAGUUUGAAGAAGAGAAGAAAGGGUUGAUUACUAAACUUCAGGUAGAAGAAAAUAAAGUGGAGAGUAUCAAGAGGGACAAGACGGCUACAGAAAAAUUGCUGCAGGAAACUAUAGAAAAGCACCAAACAGAACUCGCAGCACAGAAAGAGUAUUAUACUAAUGCUUUGGCUGUUGCCAAGGAGGCAGAAGCGAUGGCAGAGGCACGUGCCAACAGUGAAGCCAGAUCUGAGCUUGAGAGUCGUCUAAGAGAGUCUGAGGAACGGGAAGCUAUGCUAGUUCAGGCACUUGAAGAAUUACGACAAACGCUGACUAGAACGGAGCAGCAGGCAGUAUUUAGGGAAGACAUGCUUCGCCGGGACAUUGAGGAUCUUCAGAGACGUUAUCAAGCAAGUGAGCGGCGAUGUGAGGAAUUGAUUACGCAAGUACCAGAAUCUACCAGGCCUCUUCUUAGGCAGAUUGAAGCUAUGCAGGAAACAACUUCAAGAAGGGCAGAAGCUUGGGCAGCUGUUGAGAGGUCUCUUAACUCUCGGCUCCAGGAAGCAGAGGCCAAAGCUGCGGCUGCUGAGGAAGGAGAGCGAUCUGUGAAUGAACGCUUGUCUCAAACCUUAUCUCGAAUUAAUGUUCUUGAGGCUCAGAUUUCAUGUCUUAGAGCUGAACAAUCCCAGUUAAGUAAGUCUCUAGAAAAGGAGAGACAAAGAGCAGCUGAAAAUAGGCAGGAGUACCUUGCAGCAAAGGAGGAAGCUGAUACUCAAGAAGGCCGUGCAAACCAGCUUGAAGAAGAAAUUAGGGAACUCAGGCGAAAGCAUAAGCAAGAGUUACAAGAUGCAUUGAUGCAUAGGGAACUGCUACAGCAGGAGGUAGAAAAGGAGAAAGCUGCUAGGUUGGAUUUGGAAAGGACAUCUCGUGUGCGUUCUACUACUGUAUCUGAUCAAAGUGCUAUAACAAGGCACAGUUCGGCUUUAGAGAAUGGAAGCUUGAGCCGAAAACUUUCAAGUGCUAGCAGCCUGGGGAGCAUGGAGGAAAGCUAUUUUCUGCAAGCAUCUUUGGACUCAUCCGAUAGUUUCUCUGAGAGGAGAAAUGCUGGGGAGGCAACCAUGAGCCCUUACUAUAUGAAGAGCAUGACACCUAGUGCUUUUGAAGCUUCCCUUCGUCAGAAGGAGGGUGAACUUGCAUCUUACAUGUCUCGUUUGGCAUCCAUGGAAUCCAUUCGCGAUUCUCUUGCUGAGGAGUUAGUCAAAAUGACAGAACAGUGUGAAAAGUUACGGGCAGAGGCUGGCAUGUUACCCAGCAUACGAGCAGAGCUAGAUGCACUAAGGAGGCGGCACUCUGCUGCACUGGAGCUAAUGGGCGAACGUGAUGAGGAGCUGGAGGAACUUCGCGCGGAUAUUGUAGACUUGAAGGAGAUGUACAGAGAGCAAGUAAACUUGCUUGUCAACAAGAUCCAGAUAAUGAGUUCAUCAGUUGGAGCCUAACCUUACUUUAUAGUACUCGUCUUCGAAUUCAUGAAGUUCAUGGUAUAUAGUUUUAUAUCUCAUAUUGUAUACAUACUGAUGGCAAUUGUUUGUUGAAAAUUUAUAUUUGGAUUCUGGGUCUCCCAAAGUUUUUCUUGGCCUAAGAGUUUGGGUAGCAACUAUUGAAAGGAUAUAUUAUAUGGCCGCCCUUGUUAAACAUGUAUGUAAUUCAGGGGGAUUUGUUGUAUAGCAUGAACCCUACUGUCACAUUUCUUCUUCUUUAU